AUGGAAAGCAACAAAUCUCUGCUGUGGAAAGUAGGAUUAAUAAUUUUGACAUUGAUAGAUGGUUCUUAUUCAACACUAUCUCCUUCUGGUAUUAAUUAUGAAGUUGUAGCUUUGAUGGCUAUAAAGAGUGAUUUACAUGAUCCAUAUGAAGUUCUGGAAAAUUGGGAUGCUAAUUCUGUAGAUCCUUGUAGUUGGAGGAUGGUUACUUGUUCCCCAGAUGGAUAUGUUUCUGCUCUAGGAUUACCUAGUUUGAGUUUGUCUGGAAAAUUAUCGGAUGGAGUUGGGAACCUCACUAACUUGCACUCUGUGUUGCUGCAAAACAAUGACAUUACUGGACCUAUUCCUGCUGCUAUUGGGAAGUUACAGAAGCUUCAAACACUCGAUCUCUCCAACAAUAAAUUCAAUGGUGGACUUCCCAGUUCUCUUGGGGACCUGAAGAAUUUAAAUUACCUGCGCCUCAACAACAACAGCUUUACUGGAUCAAUUCCUGACUCUCUGUCCAAACUUGAAAGCCUCGCUCUGGUGGACCUAUCUUUCAAUAAUGUUAGUGGUCCCUUGCCAAAAGUUUCUGCAAGAACAUUCAAAAUAGUUGGCAAUCCAUUGAUUUGCGGGCAGAGUUCUGAAAAGAAUUGUUCGGCCGUCUAUCCAGAACCAUUGUCCUUCCCUCCAGAUACAGUGAAAGGUCAAUCAGAAUCUGGAGUCAGAAGCCAUCACGUUGCUGUUGCUUUAAGUUCAAGCUUCGGUGCAGCCUUAAUAGUUGUAGUUGUUAUCGGGUUGCUUGUUUGGUGGCGAUAUAGACACAAUCAGCAGAUUUUCUUUGAUGUUAAUGAUCAAUAUGAUCCAGAGGUAUGCUUAGGUCAUUUAAGAAGGUAUACCUUUAAGGAACUCCGAGCUUCAACUAACCAUUUCAAUUCAAAGAAUAUAUUGGGAAAGGGAGGGUUCGGGAUUGUGUACAAGGGCAGCUUAAAUGAUGGGACUGUGGUUGCUGUCAAAAGAUUGAAAGAUUAUAAUGCUGUUGGCGGUGAAAUUCAGUUUCAGACAGAAGUUGAGACGAUUAGUCUGGCUGUCCAUCGGAACCUCCUCCGCCUUUGGGGAUUUUGUUCAACCGAAAAUGAGCGCCUUCUAGUCUAUCCGUAUAUGCCAAAUGGGAGCGUGGCAUCUCGAUUGAAAGAUCACAUCCAUGGCGGGCCGAAAGCUGUGGAUUUUGGCCCUGGCACCAAUCAGAAAGGAAUAAUACUUGAUUGGGUAAAAAAGCUCCAUAAAGAUGGGAAGCUGAAUCUUAUGGUGGACAAGGAUUUAAAGAACAAUUUCGACAAAGUUGAACUAGAAGAAAUUGUUCAAGUUGCACUCCUUUGUACUCACUUUAAUCCUAUCCACCGUCCUAAAAUGUCGGAAGUUUUAAGGAUGUUGGAAGGGGAUGGACAAGUCGAGAAAUGGGAGUCGUCCCAAGCAUUCGACACUCCUAGGUAUCGUACGUUUGAAAAUACAUGUCAGAGAUAUUCUGACUUCAUUGAAGAAUCAUCUCUUGUGCUCGAGGCAAUGGAACUCUCUGGCCCAAGAUAA